AAUGCUAACGACCGCGAUCCAGCUCUGUGUGACAGGUGUCGCGCCAUUGACUUUGCUGCCAUUCUUCAGCUCAGUGAUGAGGUUCGUGACGCGCGACUCGAUGGAAUAUCGAUUCUAUCUCUAGGGAGUUUACCUACUCCCGGAGAGCUCCCAUGCCCCAUGUGCAAUCUAUUCAACCAGGUGAAAUUUGAUCUCGGGGUCGCUGCUCAAACAGCCUGGGAUACCAGAGAAUACCAUCUUCGAGCGUUCAGCAGCCUCCUGAAAGAAGUGGGGAUUACGGGAGAGACAGCGACAGGCGUCAAGGGACGCAAGCUCAUCGACGAGAUCCGGUGGGGCGAUGCGUAUAUGGAAGAUGAAAACAGCGUUCUCCUCGCGGUAUUUCCCGGCCAGGGUGAUGAUGUACUCAAUACUAGCGAGGCCAGAAUGUACGACACCUGCAGCCACUUGGAGCAGAGUGUCAUCAUGCCAGUUGCGGUUCGUGGUGCCCGGACGCAUGGCGAUCUGGUGCUUCCGAAUCAGAUCAACUACGACCGACUGCGAGAGUGGAUCAGAGAGUGCCAAAGUCAUCACGGACCCAAAUGCACCGAUCACGCAACUCGUCCGCCCUUUGCCUUGAAAGUCAUCGACUGCCAAACGAGGAAAAUACUCCCCCUCAAGCCAGACUGGGACUAUUACGCUCUGAGCUACGUCUGGGGGCCACCACGGCCAGAGGACAUCAUAGAUGGCACUCAAGGGCGUCAAAAGACUCUACCAGCUCGGGUGCAUCCCAGCAUCGAAGAUGCCAUCACCGUUGUCAAGAACCUCGGAGGACGAUAUCUCUGGAUUGACAAAUACUGCAUCAACCAGGAUGAUGCUCAAGAAAAGCACGAUCAGAUCUCGCGCAUGGAUCUAAUCUAUUCUGGCGCUUAUGCCACCAUCAUCGCAGCCGGUUCCGACAUUACUCAGUCCGGAUUACCCGGUGUAGGCACCGUUCCACGCCUGCAUCAACCGCAGGCUGUCUCGGGCAAAACCCGGCUGGUUUCCACGCUCCCAUCCAUCCGACAAGCUCUAACCCGCAGUCCAUGGAUCACUCGGGGCUGGACAUUCCAAGAAGUCAUCCUCUCUCGACGAUGUCUCUUCUUCACCGACUACCAGGUCUACUUUAUGUGCUCCGAGGCCACCCACUGCGAGUCAACCAUCAUAUCCCAGCCCCUCAAACAUACCAGUUAUAACGUCCUCGACCCUGAUCGCUUCACCCACCUCGGCGCCGGCGAUGCAAAAUACUACUCGUGGAUGCCUCCCCGGCCGUGGGAAUUCCGAACGCACCUCACACACUAUUCCAGUCGGAACCUGUCCUACGAAUCCGACGCCAUCAACGCCUUUCGCGGGAUUCUCGCCCGCUCCACCCACACCACCUACUGGGGGAUUCCUUUUCUCUUCCAGGACUCUUCCUACCCUUUCGUCCAAGAUAUUAACCUCCGCUUCGCAUGCGCUCUCGCCUGGGAACCCAUGUACACACAGAAUCCUAUCGCCCGGGAAUCCCACCUCCACCGACGCCCCGACUUUCCCAGCUGGUCCUGGGCCGGCUGGGCGGGCACAGUGUCAUACAGCUACUUUCUAUUCCGAGUCCGAUUCACCUGCGAUGAGAAUGACCUCCUCCCACAACCACUACACGAUCACGCCCCGUUACGCAUCUGGAUCCCCGAGACCAAACACAAACACAAACCCAAACACAACCCCAUCCCACUCGAAGAGCUCUUCCACAUCCACUCCGACAAAAAAGUCCUCCCUGAACUUUCCCCUCAUCUCCUCAUCGACUGUCUCGUCCUUCGGGUCCGAGUCGCCUUCGCCAGUCGAUUCCCCGGCGACCCGCCUGCAUUCUCUAUCGCCGUGGAGGACGGAUACUCUCGCGCCCCAAUUUUAUUUUGCUGGCCGAUGCCGAGAGAGGGAGAGGAGGGACAUGAAGAAUUGCUGAAAGAGGAGUGGAAUGGACUGAUAUUAUUUGAAACGCGACAUAAUAUUACUCGGUGUGCGCCGUGGGAUCAUAUUGGGGUUUUUGUGUUGUUGGUUCGGUCGGUGGAGGGGACGAAUGAGCGGGUGGGAUCGGUGUGGUUGACCCGGAAGGAGUUG